UAUUUUCUAUUCUUCGCGCUGCGUUUAUAUGUUACAGGAUUCUGUGGAUUCAGCUACUUUAGCAUCAUUAAGCCAGUUACAACAAGCUUACCAAGAAAAAGAAGAUGAAAACACACGUCUCAAGCACUACAUCGAUACAAUUCUGCUGAAUAUUGUUGAGAAUUAUCCGCAGUUGUUAGAAGUAAAGUCCAUAGAUCGUAAAUAAAAUGAAUAAAACUAAUAGAUAAUGCAGAACAAUAAUAAAAGCAAACAAU